GUAGUAAACUAUUAUUAGCCUUUCUAUUUAUAGUGGCUGAGAGACGGGCGGACAUUCUCGUACCACGUUCAAAACGGCAAGUCGAUCGAUCUGAAACCACAGAUCGAUCGACGACCAGCAGAAGACGACGUACGUGAAACCGCGAGACAGUGCGAGGACGACUGGGGUGUGGCGGUGCGAUCCAUCGACAAGGCCAUGGGACAACGGCGCUUUGAGGACGAACGCGCAGCUCUGGCGACUGUGGCAAGCUUGCUGCUCAUCCUAACGACAGCCCAAGCUGCUGCUGCUGCUGCUUCUGGACGCCAUCUGUCUUUGCCCACGCAGAAGGCGGCGGCGGCGCGCAUGAACGACACCAGUAGUAGUGACAUGCAGGUCAUCACACCCGCGCCGCUCGCUAUCUCGACGGCGGCUCGAAUGGGGCCGGACGGGUGCUCCGGGGAGGACGUGGCGGUGUACCAGAGCAGCGCCAACCCUCUGCCCAGCGGCAUCCCGGCCUACACCGUGCGCAUCAUCAACGUCUGCAGCGGGGGGUGCACCGUCUACGACGUCCACGUCUCCUGCGGCGACUUCGCGUCCACGGAGCUGGUCGACCCGGCCAAGUUCCAGCGCGUCGGCUUCAACGACUGCGUCGUCAAGGGCGGUGGCGCGCUCGAGCCCAGCGAGACCGUCUCCUUCCAGUACUCCAACUCCUUCUCGUACCACCUCAGCGUUGCGUCCGUCGCUUGCCGUUAGAUAACUGCUGGUGAGCCAGUGCCGUUAAAUAACUGAAGCCGUCGGCCCGUGAUGAUAUAUAUAUAA